CGAAAGUUUUGUCUCCGUUGUAUUGAUGUUAAUCGUUUUAGCUUUAAAUGCUGUCCCAGUGCGCGUAAAUAACAAUAUUCUGUCGUGGUUAGUAACAAGUAAAUAUUUAGAAAUUAAUGCAAGUAAUGCAGUAAUUAUAUUCAUUAGCCUAUUGGGUAGUUGGCGUUAGCAUCGCGCUCUACACCAUCAGCAUGUCUGUUUGAGAUGCAUUUAUUGCACGUGUUCAUAGUGUUGUGUACCAGCUUGGCGGACGCAGCCACAGAGUCGGGGAUCACGUCCACCGUGAUCACCGGCCAAACGACCUGGGAGCCUCCCAGCUCCGCCACCCCGUCCCCCGCGGGCCCGACCACGGAGGCCGUGGACCCCACCGGUGCUGGCGCCGCCGGUGAGGCGUUCACACCGGAUUCCACCGGUGCUGGAGCCGCCGGUGAGGCUCUCACACCGGACCCAACCGGUGCUGGUACCGUGGACCCCAGAGCAGCCACUCCGUUCAACGUGUCGGAACCACCUCCGGCUAACGGCACGCUGCCCGCGGUGACGUCACAGGGUUGUCUGUGUGAUUUAACCCCCGGUCUCUGUGACAUUGGCUGCUGUUGUGACACCGUUGAUUGUGGCGUUGCUGAUUUGAGCACCGUCUUCACAGGAUGCCAACAGAAAGCUGUAUUGGGCGUUUGCAUUGAGAAGUGGCUGAUGUUCCGAGCCAAUGUCAAUUCAUCUCUUGUAACUGUGACUGACUCCCUCUUCUGUGUCCGGGCUCAAGGCGCUGCGUUGGACAGCGCUCUUCAAGGUCUCCCUGCAACUCAGUAUCCAGUUUUAGGCAACUCCUAUCACUUCUCACCACCAAUACGUGUCAACAUCAACCAUGGAAGGAAUUUCUACAGGGUUGAUGAUGUCAUCCAGACCCAUUUCUCCAACUCUUCUGUGCGGAGUGUCCUCUAUCAGCCGUCCCCAGGGCCGGCCUCAGCAUUCUGUAUCAACCGCAAUCCUGCAAAGUUCUUGAGGUCUGUGACGCUGUCCUGUGCUCGCGUGAUGACACCUCGGUCCUGCACCACAGACCCAAGUUUCAGCGCCCGGUCCUACUUCUUGAACAUGAGUCUGAUUAAGAUUCCAAAAGCUGAGAAUGAACCAGUGUCAGACUUCCUCAUCCCAGUUGCUCCGCUGUCGGAGUGGCCUUCACCAAGUCUACACAACAACUCUUGUAAAAACGUAGUGACAAAGGUGGAGUUUGUCAUUGUAUACACGAGCAGAGGGGAACUUGUAAAUGCACAAGUGAAUGUAGUCUUGUCUGAUGUGGAUCCUAAUCAGCUGCUGGCGCAGACACACUCUGUGCGCUUCCAGGCGGACAGGCCCGACCCCUCUCCAAAGCCGAUUCCUCCAGUUGGGCUGACAGUUGGUUCUCCUGUCGUUGGUCGUUUUAAUGGAGAACCGAUAACUCUGACCACGCUGGGGGUAUCGCAGGGUGGGCAAUGCUCCACCGACCCCAGCAGACGAGCUCCCAUCCUCUUUGCUCACAACACCUUUACUGGUUGUACGUUCAGCUCUCCAUCAAGUGACUGCUCAGAGCUGCGGUCGCAGGUUUAUGGCAUCUUGCAGGGACUUUCUACUCCUGAUGAGAUGGGAAUGCACUCCGGCUCCGUAAUGAACUGGACAAGAGUCAUCACCCAGGACUGUCCCAUCAAGCUGCAGGAAUCAUGUGACUCUGGCUGCAUCCUCCCAAGUUCUCUUUCUAUCCGAGUGCUGUGGGCUCGACAGGGUCUUUUAGAGCUUCCCCAGAACUACAUCCUGGGGGCUAAAUACCUCUUUGUGUGUCAAACUGUCAAGUGUCCCGUGUCAUCACCUCUUGUUUUAACCACUGAAGUGAUAUUUGCAGACACAACCGUUUACCCAGAACGGCCCAGGGGUUUGCCCCGGCCUAACUGGAAGCUUCCGUUUGAUUUUUUCACUAGAGGGACCAGUGAGCUGGACGGGAACAUUGUUAGUGGUGGUGAGACGGUCACAUGGAGUUUAAUGCUAUUCACAUUCACAGUCAUUGUGCUAAGAUCACAAUUAUUCUGUAGGUAGUAUCGGAUUUCCUUCUCAUUUUAUUCAUUGUUGUGUACAUUUUUCAGAAUACAUAUUUUUAAAAGACAGUUUGUGUCACAAUUUCACUAAAGAUGCAUUUUCAGUGUGAAGCUCUUCUCUGUUCUUGUCGUAUUUACUGUGCGUUCUUGUCUCCUUUUGUCCCGUGUGCCUCACAUAGUUGAGGAGGUGAACUAUUGCAGCAGGAGUUAUGCCUUGUAACCGUGUCGCAGCUCCCAGCUGUAACAUGACAAAUUAAUUUAUUACUUUGCAUUUUCAUACAGAAUAAAGUCUAUUACUGCUUAAUAAUUACAA